AUGGGAUUAUUUUCAUUCCUAUUCAUUUAUUUCUUGGGCUUUCUAAGUUCAAUUUUGAUUAUACCAAUUACACUAUAUUAUUUUGCAAAAGAUGUUAAAGAUGAAUUAAAUGAUGAUUCAAAUUCUAAUACGGAUUUAAAAGCAGGAGAAAUUGAAGAGAAACAUCAAUCAGGAUUAGAAAGUUAUAAAAAUGGUUGGAUUAUAGUAACAAAUAACUAUAUUGAAAGUACUGAUGAUAUUAAUAAAAAUACAACUUCAAUAACUGAAACACCCGAAAAUAAAUCAGCUUAUAGUUCAUUAUUUAAAAUAGUUAAUAAAGAACAACAACAAAGAGAACAAGAAUUGAUUAAUAAUCCAACAAAUGAAGAAGAUGAUUUGAAAGACGAUAAUGCAUCUAUUCAUUCAAUUCAACCUUCAAUUGUUACAAAUAAUUCAACUCCUAUACCUCAAAAUAAAUCAACUCAAUCAUCUUCUUCUUCUUCUACAAUAAAUAUGAGACAAUCUUUAAAAAAACAUAGAUAUUUUGCAGUUUUAAAACAUGGAAAUUUAUUUUUAUAUAAAGAUCAAACUUUAAAAGAUGUUAAACAUGUAAUUGUAUUAAAUAAUUUUUAUGUUAAAAUAUGGCCAGAAGGUUUAACUGAUGCUCAAUUAUUUACAAAAUAUACAGCAAUUGCAUUAAUAAAUAUAAGUAAUCUUAAGAAUAAUAAAAAUCAACAAUCAAAUCCAAUUGGAAGUUUUUAUAUAUAUUGUGAUAUGGUAUCAGAUAAAGAAGAUUGGUAUUUUGCAUUAAUAAGAAGUUCUAAAUCUGAAAAUUUAAAUAAAUCAAUUCCUUUUAAAUAUAAUCCUAAAAUUUUUGCAAAUACUUUACAUUUUUCAACAAAAGAAAUCAUAAAUUUAAUUCAAUCAUUAUAUGGAUCAGAAGGUAAUUUACAAACUAAAUGGUUAAAUGCAUUAAUUGGAAGAUGGUUUUUGGCUAUAAAAGAUACUAAAUAUUUUGAAAAUUAUAUUCAUACAAGACUUAGUAAAAAAUUAGAUAAAAUUAAAAAACCAGGAUUUUUUGAAGAAUUUCAAAUAACAAAUAUAAACCCAGGAAGUUCUGCUCCAUUUUUCACUUAUCCUAAUUUAAAAGAAAUAAAUCCUGAUGGAACAUUAGUUGUAAAUGGAAAUAUAUCAUAUAAUGGAGGACUUUCAGUUACAAUUGCAACAAAAUUAGAUUUAUCAUUUGGUACAAAAUUUACAAAGGGAGAAGUUGAUAUAGUUUUAAAGAUUACUUUAGUUAAUUUAGAUGGUUCAAUAUUAAUUAAAUUAAAACCUCCACCAAGUAAUAGAUUUUGGUAUUGUUAUGAAGUUGAACCAAAUUUAAAUUUUAAAAUUGAACCUGUUGUAAGUACAAAAUCUUUAAAUUAUAGUUUUAUAACAAGUACAAUUGAAAAAAAAUUUAAAGAAGCAAUUAAAGAAAGUUUAGUAUUACCUCAUUGGGAUGAUAUUGUAUUCUUUGAUACAACUGAAGAAUCUUAUCGUGGAGGUAUAUGGAAAGUACCUGAAAUAAAUGAUGAUAGUUUAGAUGAUCAACAAUCAAGUGAAGAAAAUGAUUCUAAAAGUAUACUAGAUGAGCAAUCUACUAUUGAUUCAAAAAUUAAUUUAACAUCAAAUAAUCAAAAUAAAUAUUCAAAAUUGUCUAAAAAUAUAACUGAUUUUACUAAAAAAAUUAAAAAGAAAUCAUCGACUCCAUCAACUGAAGAUUUUGAAAAUACAACAAUAACACCAAAUCAAUCAAACAAUAAUAAUAAUAAUGAAUCAAAUUCAUCUCCUUCAAUUAUGUCAAAUACUUUUAAAAAAAUUGGAAAAUGGUAUUUUAAAGAAGAUAAAAAUUCAAUUCCAUCAGAUCAAAAUCUAACAGAAAAGUCAUCAUCAUUAUCAAUACCUCAAAAACCUAAUAGAUCAAAUUCAAAUUCUUCAACAAAAACAACAGGAUCAUCAAUAUCUUCCGAACAACAAAAAUAUCAUCCACCAGAAAUGAUUUCAAAUAGAAGACCACCAAGAAAAUCUUCAAGUGCAUCAGCAAAUAUAUUAAAAACAAAUGACAAAAUAAGUACUCAUAAUAAUGAUUCAGGAAACAAUAGUCCUACAUUACAAUAUCCAUCAAAUUUUCCACCUACUACAAAUACAGGAUUAUCAACUACUUCUCCACCAGCUUUAAAUUCACCAUCAUUUAAUUUUUCAAAAUUUGAUCAUUCAAAUAUUGAUUUACCUCCAUUAUAUCAAGAAAAUGAUCAAUAUGGAAAUGGAAAUGGAAAUGGAAAUAAUAACAACAAUCACAAUAAUAAUCAUAUUUUAAAUUCAAAUUCAUCAUCAAUUAAAUCACCAACAAUUACAGCUGCACAAUUAGCAGCUUCAAAAUCAUUUAAUUCAUUAAAUAAUUUAUCCAACAACACUAAUAAAAAAAGAACAUCAAGUAUAUCAUCAUCAUCAACAUUAAGUUUUGCAACAACAAAUAAUAAUAACCAUCAUCAAGAAGAUUCCACAUCAACUUCAAAUACAAAUGAAAUUAUAAAUUCAGCACAUUUAGUUAGUGAACCAACUUUAGGAAUUGCUCAACCAACUACUCCAAUAAGAUCUAAAACAACAACAAUUAGAAAACCACCUCCGAAAUCUCCUGUAUUAGAACCUAAAACUAAUUCAAUUAAUAUUGAUUUAAAUACUACUAAUAAUAAUAAUACAACUGAAUUUUAA